AUGAAACACAUACAUGAUUCUUUGCCUCUUUUUGUGCAUUUAUAUCGGUGCGUUGGAUCCGUGACUACUCCUCAGCUUAUGCGUUUAGUCACCGAUCUUGAUAAACGGGUCUAUCGGUUUCAAAAUCCGGUAGUUCCUUCGAUUGCUCCUAAUGUUCAGAUUGAGUCUAUGCGAAAUCCUGUUUUGAAUCAAGUAAUUGCGCAAAAGUCCCAGCCUGCUUUUGGUUAUCUUGCUGAUCAAUCUGACCUUUUGAAAUUAGAUGAAGAGUUUGAUGAGAAUGAAGUUGUGGAAGAGGAAGAAGAGACUGCAGAUCAUCAUUUGCGGUUGUCCAAAACCGGACGUAAUCAUGAACCGUCGUGGUAUUUGCAUAAUAUCAACCGUCUUUGCAAGCAAGGCAAUGCUCAAGCUGCAGCCGAAUUUUUCUUUCAUAAAAUGCUUACCGUUGAUCGUGUGAUGCCGAAUGUCAACAUUAUUCAUGUUCUUCUUACCGGGCUUGCUGAUGUUGGAGAUUCCAAUAAUGCCUUUCAAUAUGGUUGGCCAUUCAGAGCCUGUACUGAGGACAUAGCAGCUUGGCAACGCGAACAUCGAUACCAUUUUAAAUUACCAAAUGGUGCGGAAGAAAUCAGUCCUGCUCUAGACCUGGAAUUAUUUGCUGGUCCUGCUUUGGAACGAGCAAAGGGUCUUUGGAUCAAAUUGCACGAACGGGGCUACAGAAUGUCUCGAAUCACCUACAAUACCCUUCUACAGGCUUUAGCAAAGGCCGGUGACCUCCAUUCCAGCUUCCAGGCUCUAGAUGCUAUGCUAUUGGGCCGUGGUGGUCUCCCUUCAAUCCAAUCUACUCCUCCUUCGGUUCCCUACACCUGCGUCGCCGAAGCCUUGCCUCCUUUCCGUCCAGACGACUACACCCUCAACGCCGUCCUGAUUGCCAUUCAACAAUCUUACAAGGCUGGUGUUCUCACGUCGCCUCUGGAAGCCUUGCGGUUGGCUCUCCAUGUAUGGCAUCUUAUUAUUCCUCGACUGCCACAUCGUCGUCCUAGUAUACAUCACUUUACACUCAUGGCGGGCAUUGCUGCUUUGAGUGAAACCAAAAGAAGUCGGUUCUCAUUGCCUUCUGGUACUCGACUUAAAGGCGGAUCAACAACAAGGAUGUACCUUGAGGUUAUUCCCGAGAGUCUUCCGCGUCUACGGGAACUACGGCCUCCAUCUUGUCCUCGUCUUGUAGCUUCCGGCCAGGCGGCUAAAGAUUUGAUCAGACAAACCGCCCUUCUUGCUGCUAGUGAUGCUCCCCAUGAACAGAUAGAUGCCCCUCAAACAAGCCCUACAUUACCUCAGUAUUCCCUAAAUACCGUUCCCUCAGAGUCUUCUCCUGCCUGCUCCUCCCUACUUGAAACAAUCACCCUGGAUUGGAAUGAUGUGGAUACUAUCAUGAAAAGUCCCGUGAAUCUUCUACUUCCGCUCUCUAGUGAUGGUGUCGCAGUUCAGAUUCCUUCAAAGAGAGACCUUCCUUCUGAUCGGAAUUACUUAGCGCCAUGGCAGCGGCUAUCAUUACUGGGUGGAUUUGAAGGCUUUCUCGAGUGCAUUACAGCCCAUUUCAAACUCACUCAAACCUCCACCUCCCCAUUGAUGACCAAAAUGGUUGCAUUGCUUCCUCCACCUGCGCUAGAUACAACUUCAGAAUUAGACCGAUGGGAGACGGCCUUCUUGAAAGCCAUGAAGUCUAACGGUGUCAUCCUUGACCUCCCCAUUUUUAAUUGUCUCCUUCAGAGACGUACCACCCAUGGAUUGCCUGUGGACAAAUUGAUGGCUAUUGGUAAUCGCCAGGGUCUUUCUCCAGAUGAGUUCACAUGGGGAUGCUUGGCUCGUGGAUGUCGGACGACGAAAGAUGUUAGGAAUUUUCUCUCCAAUUACUCGAAAGCAGCAUCCAGGUUAAGUUCAGGUAGUUCGGAAUUACCUGCUACUAAAACAACCGUACGGCCUAGUUUGUACAUAUAUGCAACUCUAAUGGCUUCAACCAAAUUUCAAUGGGAUUCGAAGAUCGUCAUCCUCCGGUCUUUGCAGGGUUCGAGCCAGUUGACCUCGAGAAGAUUGAAGAAGACGAAAGAGGAGUCGAAGGAUGCGCCUCCGAACGAUUCGCCUAUAUUUCCAAAUCGACGGUUUAUUGCGAACUUGGAGUGGGAGAUAUCGAAUUUUCGUGAUCUGGUCGCCCGAGGAAUUGUGCCAAAGGAUGGUUCGAGUGUCGGUGCCAGCGACCAAACCGGUGGGGUUAUCAUUCCUCCCUACUCUCUUCGGGCUUUCAAGAAAUUUAUCCCAAUCUACAAGGAAUGGGCCGAACGCACUCCUAUCCGAGAAGACAUCUACCCUGUCUCUUCAAGGUCUACCAAAGGCAGGGGUACCUUGAAAGGAUUUGACAAUGUUACCAAUCUCAUUGUCAGUGAUAGCCAUGAAAGAGUUUUUAGUCCAGAUCGUGGUGUGGAGAAGGUGCCUCUUGGAUUGUCUAUCAUACGUGGUCAAAAUGUGGCCCUUAUCGGAGAAGUAGAUGAGGAUCUGGACAGCAGGAUUGACUUUGAAAAUCUUCGCGCUGAGCCUCUUAAUCCCGUUGUACACUACAAGUUGGCUGAUUUCCUUUUUGUCUCCCUGAAUCCCCUUAAGGGAUUUGGAGAUAUGGAAAUGGGAAAGGCGAUUGGAAAAGUUAUGAAGAACGGAGUGCUCCGUGAUGAAAGCGUAGCUGUCAGUAAGCUAGAGAAGAAUUUUGUGUCUAAUGACGGCCAAAGUUUCCUUUUGAGUGUGACAAGCUUGCCAAUUUGA